AUGGAUGGAUCAAAUUUUGCUGUGCCGGAGACCGCUGACGGCAGUUCAGGCUCAGCGGUUGGUCUAUUCAGCCAUGUUAGCUCGACAUGCACUAAUGAUCGCGUACAGCUGCUUGACAAUAACAGAGUCGUCGCAACAUCUAAGCAGGAUAAGCCUGAACUUGUCUACUUCGACCCCGUUGGGGAUCUCAUCAUACAGAUUCCUGGUACGAGUGAUGAGGCAAUAACGUAUUCCUACGUUGUGUCAACAUCCGUCCUCACUCUCGCUUCGCCAGUGUUCAAAGCACUCUUGAAUGGAAACAUGAGUGAGGCGUAUGCACUUCAAGACGAAGGGCAAUCACGUAUUGUCUUGCAGGAUGACGAUCCAAAGGCUAUGGAGCUUCUUUUCAAAAUUCUACAUCACUGCGCCCGUAAAGAGAUGAAUGUGACAAUCCGUGAUCUAGCUGCAGUCGCUGUACUCUGCGAUAAAUAUGACUGUAUUGGCGUCGCGUCACCUUGGAUCUUGACCUGGUCAGAAGGCAUCGAUGAUUCAGGAACAGCGCUGGAAACUGGGCUUAUCUUGCUCAUUUAUUAUUUCCUUGGUGUGCCGACCAAAUUCGGCGAGGUCUCGAAAAACGCUAUCAAGAUCUUGGAACCAGGUUUUCAGGACGUUUGGCUAUGCCAUCCAUUGAUCAGACUGUUUCCUCAAGAAAUCAUAGAUGAUAUCUCUUCGUCGAUGCUAUGCAUGAUGGGCAGAAUACGACAAGAAUUCGGAUACCUGGAUUUUCUGCUUCGCUCUGAUAACAAAUGUAUCCGAACUGCCAAGAUGGAGUGCCUUGGCUGUGGGAAAAAACUUCCCCAGAACAUCACCCUUUGCUAUACGUGUCCCGAAGCGCAGCUCCGGGACCUCUAUUGUACCGUAGAAACAAGAAUGGCUACAUAUAUGUCCUUCCUCAGGGAAUGUCAUGUUACUCUCCACGAAGACCCAAUGGAAACUUUGGCUCUGCAAGAGCUGACUCACAUUAUCGAGGAGAGUAGCACUGACAUCUUUCAUGUCUGCGUCGGAGCGAGCGGAUGCUCGCUGAUGGCACAUCUCGCUUAUUUUUCUAGCGAGAUACGAGACAUGAUGGAUGGUGUUGAGGGACUUUUACUUGAUACCUACAUCACAUGUAAAUAG